CUAAGUCUAGGUGACAACCGGUAGGUCCAAAGUUCACAAACUGUGUUCACUUGUGGACGUGAAAAUGGCUCUUUCAGCAAGAAGUUCAGUUUCUCUUGGACACAGGCUUAUGAAAGCUCUAGGGUCGUUUGCUCCAAAACAUUCUGGACAUGAGAAGCUUGGCCUCUUACUUGAUGAUAUUCAAAAUGAGGAAGACCCAGCAGUAAAAGAGGCCGUUCGUCGGCUGCCAGAAGAGGAUUCAUAUGCGAGACUGUACAGAAUCAAGCGUGCCCUAGAUCUUAGCAUAAAGGGUGCCCAGUUGCCUAAGGAGCAGUGGAUUACACCUGGAAGCGAUGUGCCAUACUUAUUGCCGACGAUCAUACAAGUUGAGGCUGAGCUGAAAGAGAAGAAAGCAUGGAACAGGCAGUAGAACAUGCAAUGUCUUGAACUUACUAACUGAACAGUUCUGUGUCUAAUGUGUAGCACCAAGUUUGUGU